GUAUCGUGACGUCGCGGUGACGUCAGGGCCAGGCUGUUGUCAGCGGGUCGUGUUAUCGUAAGGGAGAUAUCGGAGAGCCUCAGGAAGACGACGAGUUAUUCUGUUGUAUCGUGCAAGCAUAACGCCAACACACUCUCACAGACCCACGGAGCCACACAGGGGACCAGCAGGCACAUAAGCGGAGGGCAGAGAAAAUAACCAAGAGGAGCUAUGAAGAGGGGCUUUCUACACGCCGUCCUGUGGGGCAUGGUGGUGGCCGUGCUGUGCCCCGCCUGUGUGCUGGCGGCAUGGGGCACGGGCGGGGAGAGCGUCCACCUCAAGAGUAUCGAGGUGCUGACCCUGUACAACGGCAAGAUGACCAAAGGAAGGAGAUCGUCCCCAGUGCCCCAGCUGGAGUGUGUGUCGGGGGGCACUGCUCCCUGUGACGCCUUCCGCCCGCGUGUUGUGCAGUGCUACAACCGAGGCUGGGACGGUGAGGACGUGCAGUGGGAGUGUAAGACUGACAUGGACAAUGCCUACAGGUUUGGCAGUGUGGAAGUAUCCUGCGAAGGGUAUGAGCACCGAGAUGACCCGUACAUUUUGAAGGGCUCCUGUGGUUUGCGGUACAGCAUAGACUACACAAAGGAGGGACUAAACCAGAACAACCAGCACAACUACUAUGGUGGCAGUGGAAGCAGCUACUACUCCAAGAAAAAUGAGAAGAUGUCAAGCCAAAGUUCCUGGGCAAAUUUAAUCGUCAUUGUGGCUGUCUGCCUCAUGCUCUGGGCCUUCUACAAGACCUGCAUUGGCCCUCGUCACACGCGGGAAGAUGCCUGGAGCAACACUCAGGAUGACUACCCGGCAGGGGGCGGCGGGGCAGGAUACGGCUGGUUCGGUCAGGCUGGAGGCCAUCGCCCGACAGCCCCGCCACCUCCAACCUACAACGCAGGGUAUGAUGAUGCCUCCUGUAGAAACCGCACUGGCACAGGAGGGACAGGGGCCGGGGGCUUCUGGACGGGGGCUAUGACGGGCGGUCUGCUUGGGUACAUGUUUGGUAACAGUGGGAGGCAAAACUAUGCUGGCAGGGGUUAUGGUGGUGGUUAUGGUGGAGGUGGUGGUGGGUGGAGCUGGGGUACAGGUGGUGGUGGAAUGGGCGGUCACCACUCUGGCUCAACAGGGACCCGCGGUGCCUCUGGGUUUGGUGGCACGAGUCGACGCUGAUUGUUCUCUGUGUCAAGGCCCUCCAGUUUGAGCCCCUCAGGUGUGUUUUUAAUGUUUGUAUGAGUGUGUGCGUGUGUGUGUGUGUGUGUGUGUGUGCUGCAGAAUCAUUUAAUUCAGGAUAAACAGAUGCUGGAAUAUUUUUUGAAGAAGAAAUUCCUCAUCUCCCGUUAAUGUUUGCAAUAUUUAAUGCUACUGCCUCCCUUUAAGUUCCUAAUAAAAGGCCAUUGGUUAGAGCAGUGACCCUCAACCUUUUGUAGCCAUGUUUACUAAUGUUGACAUAGUGUAGCGGGCCAGCAAAAAUAAAUAAAUAAUAAUAAUUCACUUAACCCCCCCCCGCACACACACCUGGGUAUACAUAUAUUUAUAAUUAAAGAAUGAGAAAUAUAUUGUAGAUUUCCCAGGCCCUCUGUGAGCUCUAAACUAAGGUCCAAAUUAUUAAACUCUUCCAAGCCUUAGUCCAUCUAUUUCAAAAGGCUCUCGCACAAAUUGUCAGAGUUUCCAUUGAUGGUUUCCUGAGCCUGAUGGUAGUUUUGGAAGGGAAAAAAACCUCAUUAUAACCCAAAGUAGCUCUUCUCUGGCCUUGAAAUAUGUUUGUAAUGAGCCCCAAACUUUUGAUAUUAUGCAUGUCAGGGUCUUUGGGCACCAUGGCCCCUGCAUACUACAGGUUGGUUGGGGAUCACUGGAUUAGAGGAUGUGAUAGGUUAAGUCGCUUCACUCUGUUCAUGUUAAUUAUGUUUGCUGUCCUGUAUUCAUUGUCUGCUGUCUUGACUUUCUCUGGAUUUUGUUUACUGUGAACAAAUUUUGAUAAUAAGGAUAAAAGAUGUUAUAUAUGUAAUUUAACUUUGUAGAUAAUAAAGUGAUUGAAAGGAAGAA